CGGGACAAUCUUGGUACGAACCUCCCAAAGCUCCUGGGUGUCAUCGACGUUUUCCCUUCCGCUUCGCUUGCAAGCUCCUCUGGCCCAACAAAACCUCCACUCCACGCCGCCCCUUUGAGCUUCAAGAUCCGAUCCUGGUCCUGAAGCCUUCUCUGCUCCUCUAGCCCUUCCUCCUCCGAACAGCCAUCAUGCAGUCCGUCUCCAGAUCCGCCGCUCGCGCCUCGUCGCUGCGCAGCGUCGCCCGCCGCGCCUACAGCUCGUCGCCCUACUCGCAGACCAUCAACAACCUGCGCAUCAACAGCGAUACCAAGGUCAUCUUCCAGGGUUUCACUGGAAAGCAGGGAACCUUCCACGCGCAACAAGCCAUCGAAUACGGAACCAAGGUCGUCGGUGGAACAAACCCCAAGAAGGCCGGCCAGACUCACCUCGACCUCCCCGUCUUCAAGAACGUCUACGACGCCGUCCAGGAGACCGGCGCUACCGCCACCGCUCUCUUCGUCCCUCCUCCUCUGGCUGCUGCCGGUAUCGAGGAGGCCCUCCAGGCCGAGAUUCCUCUCGUCGUCUGCAUUACUGAGGGUAUCCCUCAGCAUGACAUGGUUCGCAUCACCGACAUGCUCAAGACCCAGUCCAAGACCCGCCUCGUCGGCCCCAACUGCCCCGGUAUCAUCGCCCCCGGCCAGUGCAAGAUCGGUAUCAUGCCUGGCUUCAUCCACAAGCGCGGCCGCAUCGGUAUCGUCUCUCGAUCCGGUACCCUGACCUACGAGGCCGUCAACCAGACCACCCAGGCUGGUCUCGGUCAGUCCCUGGUCGUCGGAAUCGGCGGUGACCCCUUCAGCGGCACCAACUUCAUCGACUGCCUCAAGGUCUUCACCGAAGACCCUGACACCGACGGUAUCAUCAUGAUUGGUGAGAUUGGUGGUUCCGCCGAGGAGGACGCCGCCGAAUUCCUCAAGUCGGCCAACACCGUUGGUGGCGGCAAGCCCGUCGUCAGCUUCAUCGCCGGUAUCUCCGCUCCCCCCGGCCGACGAAUGGGCCACGCCGGUGCCAUCGUCUCCGGCGGCAAGGGUGGUGCCGACACCAAGAUCAAGGCUCUCGAGGACGCCGGCGUCAUCGUCGAGCGCUCCCCCGCCAGCCUCGGAAAGGCUCUCUACGAGGAGUUCGUCCGCCGAGAUCUUCUGUAACUUAAUCAUCCGUUUCCUUGUUUUCAUGACUCGUCCCUUGGACAGUCCGGCGGGGGAGAGAGAGGCCAUGCUCGGGAUCGAGUGAGCUUAUUAUAGUCCGGUCGGGUGCCGAGGACUGCUCACGGAGGGCUGGUUGCAUUUGUUCCAUGAUUUCCGUACGUAACCUGAUAGAACAAGGAUUGGUCUGGCUGGCGCGGACGCUGGAUUGUGUAACGCCAACUUAUUUGGGCGCGUGUAUAUCCCCGUAUACGCCAUACAAGGUCUUAUUUAAACCACUGUGAGCGGGUUUGGCCAUACCACGGAGUGGAAUGAAAGAGAGAGGCGUCAAAAGUAUCAUAGAGCAACGAGAGCUUCCUGGU